UGCAGGGGUGCGCAAUGGGUAGGUAGCCAAUCAUAUGCUCACUUGCGGAUUAGUUUUGCAGACGAGGAUGGGUAUUGAGGGAGAGACAGGCACAGCAAUUCACUCACUCUAUUUCACUAUCAGUCAUUAUUUUGGGACAAGCUGUAAAGUAGCCUAUAGCAGCAAUGGUCUACAUCAUAGUAUAAUAAUAUCCGUGGUUUUGAAUUCUGCCCUUGGCAUUCCGGUGUUAGUGAGCGAUAUCGGAAUUCAGGUCCAUGUUUGGAAUUUACAAUAUUAUAUCUGUCGUCGUUGAUAGAAGAGAAGAAGGGGUUUAAGGAAGUGCUCAAGAUCGAAAGCGUUGCGAUUGGUUAAGGUCAGGUAGGAAUCAGGGAGCCGUUCGUUUAAAACCCCGUCCCCGUAUGCCUUGCGUUUAGAUUUUCGUCUAUCCAUGUUCAAAUCGGGCAACUAUCCCAUGGCGGCGGAUACUGCGCCCACCACCAUGCAUGGGAGUUGGUUCAACAACACGGGCUACAUGGAAAACAAUAUGCCGGUGGCGGUGGAGAAACCGAAGAAGGCAUUUUACCUGGUCAGAAUGAUGUCUCUCAACAACAAUAAGAAAGGGCAACAAACCAAGCAUCAGCAAACCAACCACCAGCAUCACCAGAAUAACAAUAUGCCCUUCAUGAUACACUGUCACAUCGGAAAAGAGAUCAAACACAUUUGCAGCAACUGCAGUCGCGGGAACGAAACCCAGGACGCAGAGGAGGUUGAAAGGCGGUCCGCAAUGCGUUCCGAGUCUCUGGUCUCUGGCACACACACACCGCCCAUCCGCCGCCGGAGCAAGUUUGCCACUCUGGGCCGUCUCUUGAAGCCCUGGAAGUGGAGGAAGAAGAAGAGUGAGAAGUUCAAGCAGACCUCUACCGCGUUGGAGAGGAAGAUGUCGGUAAGGCAAAGCAGAGAAGAGCUGAUCAAGAGAGGUGUGCUGAAAGAGAUCUUUGAGAAAGCAACCGUGGAGUUCCGAUCCUCGAUGGAGGGUGGAGUCUGCACUCGGGAGCCCUCUAGUGUGAAGUCAUCCAUGGUCCUGCCUUCCAAGAAAUCUGUUGCUUUUCCCAGCAACGUUCAGGACAACGUCGCCAAGACCCCCAUGUACCACAAACAGCCCCCUGCGCUGCCCCCCAAACCUUUCAACAGGAUCCCCAACCACAGCACAGACUCUUGUCAGCAGAUGAAGCUGCCUUGUAUGCCAGGCCAGGGAGGCAAGCCAUCUCCUCCUCUACCUCCCAAGAAAUUGAUGAUCUGUGUGCCUCAAGGGGGAAUGGACAACUCUUGCUCCUCACCCUCUCCCCUCCGCACCUUCUCCCAACCGAAGUUCCCCCCUCCACAUGGCCACCAAGGCCAUCCCCCCCACCAUGGCCCUCUGCUGCCCUCGCAUCUCACAUCCCUAGCCAACCUCCACCAGGGGAUCAAGGGGGGCGGGAAGCACCAUAACCACGGACACGCACACAACCAAGGCCACCAGCUCCAUCUGCAGUAUGGCUCCAUGCAAGGCCAUGCCCCCAGCCGCAUCAUCGAGGAGCUCAACAAGACGCUGGCCUUCAACCUGCAGAGGCUGGAGAACAAUGCAAUGCAUUCUGGUCAGUGUAGUCUUCUGGACAGAAGCCAGGUGCCCUCUGAGAUCAUCGACGAGGACGACAAAGAGAACAUGCCCAACGAGUCUGACUAUGAGGACCUGCCCAGCAUGUACAAAAACGAGGAUGAUGAUGAUGAUGAGGAUGAUGAUGAUGAUGACGAGGAUGAUGACUCGCUCUUUACAAGUACCCUGGGUCUGAAAGUGUUGAGGAAGGAUUCUCUGGCUGUCAAGCUGAGUAACCGUCCAUCUAAGAGCGAGCUGGAGGAGAAGAACAUCCUGCCCAUGCAGACUGAUGAGGAGAGGCUGGAGUCCAGGCAGCAGAUAGGCACCAAGCUCACACGGCAGUUGAGUCAGAGGCCCAGUGCUGAGGAACUGGAACAGAGGAAUAUCCUGAAACGUGAGUAUUCGCUCAACGAACAGGAGGAGUUGGAGGAGAAGAGGGAAAUAAAACGCAGAUUAACGCGAAAGCUGAGCCAGAGGCCUACGGUGGAGGAGCUGAGACAGGCUAAGAUCCUGAUCCGCUUCAGUGACUACGUAGAGGUGUCCGAUGCCCCGGAACACGACAGACGGGCAGACAAACCCUGGACCCGCCUCACGGCAGCCGACAAGGCAGCCAUACGGAAGGAACUCAACGAUUUCAAGAGCCAUGAAAUGGAAGUGCACGAGUCAAGUCGCCAUUUAACCAGGUUUCACAGGCCGUAGACCAUCACUGUCUAUAGGAACGCCAGACAGACUGGCUGUUUUCCUUCACUGAGAACCAUAAGUGCUGGACAGUAAAUGGUGCCCAUUUCUACAAUAAGGCCAUGUCUUCUUCUGAUUUGAAAUGCCUUUUCAAUACCCUGCUACUCAGUCGGUCGGUACCUUCCCCUCUAGAGACAAAACAGUAGUUGAACACCUUUAGUAGCCCCUCCAACUCCCACAAUUUUCUCAAUGUAACUGACUGACGAGUUCGUCCCACACCUUAGUGCUGAGCUCUCAGGAAGGCGCUCAGUGCUUUGGGAUGAUGAUAGUGGGAUGGGCUGGUUGGGAUUGGACACCUGCCAUCUCUACUCCACUGACUGGCUGUCAUGGUUACCAGGUACCUAUGCCCCGCCCUUGUCACUGUCUCAUCAUUGGCUUGUCACUAUUGGUGGAAGGAGCCUCCACAUCCUCACUCAAUCAGAAAGGACAUUUUUACUCCCUCUACCCAUGGACGUUGCAAGAGAUGGACUUCAACCACUUGUAGAAUGUUAUCCUUGGUCUGUUAAGAUGAACCUAGUGCUGUUUGUGGAUUAAUCUACAGUGUUUAAUUGGUUAAAGAGAAAAAGAAGUGAGGGGUCCGGUCCAUAAAACGUUUCAGAAUUAUGUGCAAUAUUUUCCCUCUGUGCUCUCUCCUUAGGUCAUAGCGCCCUCUGGGGUUCACCCUGUCAUGGCCAUGCAAUCCCACCUCUACUUCUCCCCAUGGUGGUCAGUUCAGUUCCCACUGUACCGACAAUGUUGAUCUAUUGCUAACUGUGAAUUUGAAAGUGCAGACAAUGUUUUGUUUACACUCUCCAAAUAUACAUUGUGUUUAUACAGAGUUAUGAAGUAAACAUUUUAAAUAGAAUCACGCUUCAAUACUGUUCGUUUCAUGUCGGGAUCCUGAAAGGAUGAAAGGGUAACCUUAAUGAAAAAUGUAGCUGGCAGAUAAUGCACUGACUGUAUGUGGUAAGGUUGAACAGCUUUUUACAUAAUUUUUAUUUUUAAAAGUGACACUUUGAUUUUAAACUGUGGGUUAUGUGGCUUUAGGGCAUGUCACAGGUCUCUGAUGUUUGAAUAUAGACUCCUUCAGAGAAGAGCUAUUUUCUGUCCCAAAUCUCAUCCUGUUUUCAUUAUAGUACACUACUUUUGACCAGAGACGCAUAUGGGCCCUGGUCAAAAGUAGUGUACUAAAUAGGGAAUAGGGUUCCAUUUAGGAUGUACAUGUGGCUCGCCAUCCAGGGAUACUUUAUGCUUUUUUCUGUUGACAAUGAAGCUUUUCUCAUUUUGCAGUCUUAUGUUUAAUGAACUCUGCUGACGUGAGUGCACGGCACUCUAUUUAUUUUUCAGUCUUUUCUGUAUAUUUAAGAACAAGUUAUAUUCCUUCUGCUGCUUGGCAAACUGUAUGAAAACCUUUUUAGUUUGCUUGUAAACGGUCCUCUCCAUUUUUGUGUUUUUUGUUGCCAUUUUAGGAAAGGCCCCAAUGGGAAUAUCAGGAUUGAAAUGCUAUUGGGCACUGUUUUGAGUUGUUUUAAAAUGCUACGUAUUACUCUUAUAGUUGCAAUAUGAAAAUGUUUGCUUGUCAUAAGAUGUAGAUUAGAUCUGGUGAAGGGUCUGAUUGGCCACCUAAGGUAUUAAUGUAUUUGCAUAGGAAAAUGCACCAACAAAAAGACAUCCUCUGUCAUUUUUAACGUCUUUUUAUAGUUGAGGCCCAAUGAAAUUUCCGAAAACAUUAAGGAACAUCGAAGGUAUUGCACAUAUGUUUGGUUAUCAGGUAAACAUGGGUCAUUAUAUUAUAUAAAAUGUUAGUUUAUUCUCCACUUAUUACUUCCCAAUGUCCCUGUUUGUUUUUCCUCAUUUCAUUGGAACAACUUAAAUCAGUAGAUUCUUCAAGAGAUGAUGGGGUCAUGUUUUCUGCUCCAAUCAGCAUCCUUGUUGAUUCCAGCAUCUUGCCAACCACGUCAUCAUGUUCGCCUCAAACCGUUUUGGGCAUUGUUUUGGAUCCUAACGCUUUGAUCAACAUCUUGAGGGGGCUCCUCUCUCUUUUCACAGACCACUUAACCACAGAGCAUAGUAUGAGGAUGGUGUCAUGUUGGAAUUAAGGAAUAUGAAUUCAGACAUAAACUUUUGUUACAUGUACUUGUUGAGAAAUUAAUUUGAAAGUGAUUUGAUUUAUUUUGGAAAUGGGAAUUCCUUUCCAUUUACAAUGUGAAUGACUCCCUUGUCUGUCUCUCUAUUAAACGUCAUUAUGUAUUUUG